GAUGUUGUUGAUCCAUAGGCAUGUCAUGUUUUUUGCAGUCAUAUUAAUACAAUAGGCGUGUAUAAGUAAUUCCUUUACCAUUGAAUCGCCCAUACAACACGACAUCACAUUGCACAUAUACAAGAAUGGGCACAGUCGGUUUUGUUUCAACGAUAUUAUAACAGAUUUCCCUUGGCUACGAUGGUUAGAUCCACUGUUAUAAUUCAUCCGAACACUCAUGAAAAAUACAUGAAAGUAAAGUGUACCCACUCUGAUAUCUACAAUUACAAUUACUAUUACUCGGAAGGAAGUACAACAGUGAUUGAAAUUGGUACAUAAUUGUGAAGAGUAAUGAUGUUUUUCAUCUGCGUCUGAGUUUUGUAGUUACCACUCAAUUUUGUUUAUUGCUGCUGGUAAAGGUGUGUGGGAGUAAAACGGAAAUGAUGCAUAUGCAAGUUUUCGCGCACAUUCUGGGCACGUCGUACAUUUAGGUUGGUCGACUUCUCGGGUGUUGGAUCAACAAUUUGCUUCCUUUUACAACGACUUCUACCACUGAAAACAGGUAGACGUCGAUGAACGAUGGAUUUCGCCACCAGUGAAUCAUAUGCUGCUGCAUACACGUGCAGGGAUGACAUGCCUGCUCCGAAACAGUUGCAAACUGUGGAGCCCAUCCAGGCAACACAAACAGCCGCCUGUAGCACCAUCGAUGUCUCAACCAACACUGCAGGAUGCGACUCAUCCAUGACUGAUGCCGAGGCGCAAUACCCUGUAGGGGGUGUCAGGAACGAGCUAAACAUUCAACACCCUCCCGACCCCACCCGGGACCCUAAUCCCAUAUAUAAGCCGAACACCGUGAACCCUACGAACGUCAGGAAUCCGAACCCGACUUAUCCCCAAAACGCCCCGACGGCCGGCCCGAACGUAUGCCUCGAACCGGCCGCCUUCGACAAUCCACAAUAUUCAUCCACACAAGGAGAUGGUAGUCCCGCCUCUGUGACUGCCAACCACGAUGGUAAUGCCUUCAUCGAGCAACACGCAACUAACAAUGGCUGCCAUUUCUGUACCCAGGCAAAUGCUGCACGCUCGUUGGGACCAGUUGACAGUGAUGACUGUUGCCAGCCGUAUGCUGUUAGGUACCAGGACGUCGACGACGACGACGAUAACACGGCCAUAGAUGAAACUGCUGCAUCUAACCGAGAAGCACUUGACAUCGCCCCUGAAGCUUGUGAUGACGAUAUCCAACCAUACGCUGUUGCGCACAUGAGCCAGGAAGACACAGGACAUGUGUCUUCGGAAGAGACACGAACAAAAACAAGGACGUCGAGAAUUUACCAUGAAACCACAAAUGUGGCAGCAUGCCCCUCUUCUCAGAAUGAUGGUGAUCCUACAGUCUUUGCUAGACAUGUCCAUCAUACACUGCAUACCAAUUCGAUGUACGGACAGAACAACCUGAACCCGAAUCCCAUGUACGUGCCAAACGCUCACCAAGAAGCAACUUGCGGUAGUUUCCCACGGUGUAGCCGGGUGUCCGCCGCAGUGAUAGCAUCUGCCAUCCUCGCAACGUUCAUCUUGUUUGGAACCUUUGCCGGGUUAUACUUCAACACCGCUGCGGAGGAUGGUCGGAAGGGAACAACCACUACUGGCCCUUUCCAGACAUCAUUGCCAACAUGGACAUCAGCCUCCAAAAGAUCAACAGAAAGCUACGACAGAGACUCGCACUUGGAGAGGAUAACAUUUGGCGGGAAGGGAUCAGACCCUGGAAAAUUCAUUGAUCCCAGUGGAGUGGCCGUAUCCAAAGCUGAUGAGAUAUUCGUGACUGAUUCAGUCCUUCAACGUGUCCAAGUCUACAGCAUGAAGGGCGCUCACCUUCGCCUCUUUCCAACGGUGGUGCCUGGCGAAAAUGGACACCUAAUGUACCCCUGUGGCAUUGCUAUUGACGGAGAGGGCCAUGUGUGGGUCGUUGGGCGAUAUUGGACGAUGUCAAGCCCUGUGUAUGCGGUCCAGUACAGUCCAGACGGCGAGCCAUUGAGCAAGAUAAACGUACAGCGCCUGGAUUGGUUUCCGUUCAUCGCCAUAGACAUGCAGAGUGACGAAAUCGUUGUGAAAGCUGCUAAUGAAAUCUUGAAAUUCCAGCCGAACGGUUCGUUCGAUGGCAGUUUUGGAAAGGAGGACAACCUGUACAUGGACUACAUCGCAUCAGACAAUGGAGGAAACAUUCUUGUUUCUACCAAGGACCUUGUUUCUACCUUGUCAUUUGUCCGUGUGUACAACUACUCCGGGCAUUGUCUAUUCGAAUUUGGUACGGCCGGACCUGGUGAAGGUAUAUUAAUAGAACCCAAAGGUAUCUGUAUGGACAGGUUUGGUCGCAUCAUCGUGGCGAACAAGGGGAGCCAUCGGGUGGACAUGUUCACCAGUCGCGGGGAGUUUGUCCGAACCGUCGCUAACAUCACCGAGCCGUGGGGGGUCGCUGUGGGAUCGGGUGGGCAGUUGGUCGUCACUCGAGUAAACGACAAUGCCGUUACCAUCUUCCCAAGCAAGACAGUUUUUCUGUAACUUUCAAGACUCACGUAAUUUGGAGCUGGAGAUUGUUUUUU